CAGAAAACUAAAAUUUUAAAAUAAUAAUUAAAAAAAAUAAAUUUUUAUUUUAUUUUUUUAAAACAAAAGAAAUUUAUGAAACCUAAAAAGAAAAUAAAAAUCUAAAAUCAAUAGACAUUGUUAGUUUUAAAGCAAAUGUAAAAAAAAAAAAAAAAAAAAAGUAUGAAAUAUAUAAAACUAUUAAAAAAUUAUCUAUUUCCGCUAUGGAACAAGCCAGUAUCAGAAAUAAAAAGAAAUGUAUACUUUAGUUUAUUCUUUUCAGCCAACAUUACAUUAUCAAUAUUGUUUUUAGUUAUCGAUGUAUUUAGAAACUUCUUUACAAUUUACUUUGCAGUUUUCAACACUUUGUUUUUGGGUGUUAGUAUUAUCAAUAGUGAAUCAUUUUAUAUAUUAAUAAAAAAUCAGUUUAGAGUUUUAUUGGCCAUAUUUAUUGGAUUGGUAGUUGGUUUUGUUAGUUUUCAAAUUACUUUUAAUCACGUUUGGACGUCUGUAUUUAUAACACUUGUAUUCGUGUAUAUCAGUAGUGCCAUAAUGGUAACUGGUUCAAAUGUGCUGCCCUAUAAUCUAGGAAAAGUUAUGUAUCUGCCAUAUUUCAACUUGGUUUAUUUUAAUAGGCCAGAUGAUAGAUCCAUUAUACCUUUUUUAAAGUUUCUUUUAACUGGUGUUUCUCCUAUAAUAUUGGUGAUAGUGGUGGGUUUAAUUUUUAGAAUGGAUUUUUCAUCUAAUUACUAUAUCCAAUGCUGUCGACAAAAUCUAAAAACCUCAAGAAAACUAAUAUGUACCAUCGAAAGAGAAUUGGAGAUCAAGACACUAGAGUCCAUCAACUAUCCAUUAGAUUCAUCCUAUCAAAGAAACAUUGUAAAGUCCAUUACCAACAGAAUUGAGGCCGAUUAUAAUGGCAGUCUAAAAGAUCAUAGCCAAGGAAGCCCAUUAAAACUAAGAAAGAAACUAGGUGUUCCCAUUUAUUUAAAACCAAGAAAACAAGAACCAAUUCAUUUAUCGCCAUUGUCAGAUGUAGUAAACCAUGAUAGGGAUGACGAAUCAACAUGCAGUAUGAUGUCAGAAUUUACAACCACUUCAAAAGAUAAAAAGAUUUCAAACCAACCAGAAUAUGUUAAAGAAAAUGUUAAAGACAGCACGAAAUUUAAGAACAAUGGAUCAUUAGAAGGUGGGGAAGAUAUCGUAAAUCACUAUUAUAAUUUUAAAAAAUCUCUUUUAAAAAACCCAAAACAUCAAAAUGAUACCCACAAUUAUUUUAAAAUUUCACUUGAGAAGCUUAAUGUUGAAAACUCAAGAAAUUUAAACCAAAUGGAAAAGUAUUUAUUAGAGGCUAAAAAAGAAUUUUGGAACAAAGAUAUGUUUGGUUAUUUUAAUGAAAUCUCAUAUUUAUUAGAGACAAACCACAAAAAGCUUUUAACAAUAAACAUGGCAUUCUUUGAAAAUAUUACCGUCGAAAAGUCCAGAACUCUAUUGGUUAUAUUACCUUUUUUAAAUACAUUAAUAAAUCAAACAUCAAGAAUUUUUAGGAUUAUGCACAAACAAAUCGGUCUAAAAUACAAACCUGUAGAUAUCACUCCAGAAAUUGAAAUAUCUGGAAAUGAACUUUUUACAACCAUAGAUAUGGAAAAUAUUAUAGAAUACAACUUAACAAAAGGUAUCGAUUAUUUAAAGUCCACUGAAUCAUUACAACGUUUUAAAGAUUUAAAGAAACACAAAACACUAGAAUACAGCCAAUAUAAAAUUUUAAUGUGCUUCGAUUAUAUAGAAAGAACUAUUAAAGAUAUCAAUAAUCAAUUAGAAGAAAUAUAUGACCCAGAAACAUCAUUUGGCAUUGAAAAUAUUGAUGAAGAAACAAGAGUAAACUUUUUGGUUUCAGCAUUUAAAAAGUUUUCAAAAGAUCAAAAGAUACUAUCAUCGACUGUGUUUAUGCUGUCAUUCAAGUUAUGGGGUAAAAGUAAAGAGUCUCAACAUAUAACAAUGUUUAAAAGUAUUUUCAAGAAAUGGUAUAUAUGGGUAACAACAUGGAAUAAAAGACGAAAGGAAAGAAAUGAACUGUAUAGAAUCGAUUAUAAUGAAUUUCCUCAUAUCAUUCACCCACACUACACUUUAAAGGAAAAAGCUCAAAAAUUAUGGGGAUUAGUAUCAUUUAGAUUAUUCUCAAAAUGGGUCUACUCUUUACAACUGGCCCUUGGUGUUUCAAUUUUCUCUAUUGUUUAUUACGAAUUAAAAAUACAUGAAUCUUUUAUUUUAUUUAGAAACUUAGCAUGGGCUGUUAUUACAUAUUGUCUAGUUAGUGCUCCAUCCAUUGGUGCGAUAGCAUACUUUUCAAUUCUUCGUAUUACAGGUGCGGUUUUUGGUUCUAUUUUGGGCUAUACAGCAGCUGUUAUUUACUCCACAACCAAUAAUGAUGUAGCAAGAGCAUUUAUUUUCGCUGCCAGUACAUUCCUAUGCUCAUUUUUUGGUUCGAUCUAUACAAGAGCUCAAAUGUUUGAAAAACUGGUUCUCUUUUUUAUUUUAUCCUUUGUAAUUAUUGCUUUUCUUGCAUAUCCAAAUAACUCACCAUCAAUUAUCACAUCACUAUUUAGAAUGAUGCACAUCUUAGUGGGUGUUGGUUUAGUUUAUAUUAUAUCUAUCACUGUUAGUCCAUAUUAUGACCACCGACAACUUAAAAACAACCUAUAUUUAUUUCCAUUUAAAGUAUCCCAAAGCUUUAAUUUCUUAAUUUGCAACACACUGUUAGAUCCCACAAUUGUGCCAUUAGAAACUCGUCAAGUAUUUUAUCAGCCCAGUAAAUAUAACUACAUACAACAACAUUUACCGAAUGAAAUGAAUCAAAAGAUGUUUAGAUCUACAAUGAACAAGCAAUUAAAUUUAUUACGAUACCAAAUACCAAUUCAAAGAGUUCUUUUAUAUUAUUCGAGAUAUGAACUAUUUCCAUUAAGAAAGAAAAAAUAUUAUCAAUUAAGAAGGCUACUUUUUACUGAAACUAAAAUGUUUCACGCGCUACUGUCAUUAGAAUUCAUUAUUGUUUCAGCUUUACCAAAAAAACACUUAAAUGAAAUAUCCAAAGUAAUUUCAUUGAAUUUAUUAAGACUAAUGUCGGAAAUAGAUAAUGUCACUAAAGGUUUUAUGAAUAUUCCAGAUACAGAAAAAGGUGAAAGAUUUAUAACAGAAAAUCAAACAAAGGUAAUUUGUAACGAAAUUGCAAGAGAUAUUGGGGAAUAUAUUUAUAAAAAUAGGUAUGACAGGGAAUCUUUAAAUCUACUUAGGUACUGCAGCGCAAUUAUAUUUUGUUUAAUUUCAUUUGUGGAUUUAUUCGAUUUAGUGUUUGAUAAGGUUGUGGCCAUAUCACAUACAAGUGUAUAUAAAAGAACCGAAUCAUUAAAUAAAAAAGAUGAUAUUUCAAAAUUUGACGAAGCACUUGAAAGUUUAGAAAAUGAACACAAAGAAAGUAUACAGGAAGAAGAAAAUAAUAUUAUUUCAGAUUUUGAAAUUCAAAAAGAUUUCGAUGUUUCUUUGAGGGAUAAUUUAGGAGAUAAUCGAGAAUUUGAAGAAAUUAUACAGGAACAAAACGAAGUCGGGAAUGAAAUACAAAAACUGGGCACUCCAAUACAAUAAAUUUAAUAAAAUAAAUAAUAAAUAAUAGAUAAUAAAUGGAUAAUAAAUAAAUAAAAUAAUUAAAUAUUUUAAAACCAAAUAAUAAAAAAACCCAAUUUUCAAAAAAUAAAAUUGGAUAAAAAAAAAAGAUAUUUUUUUUAAAAACAU